AAGCGGAAGGCGCCCCGGCAUUCCUUCCGCCUGGGCUGAAUCUGGGCGCGGUCUUCAAGCGAGGCGACGCGGCUCGGCCACCGUCUUGCGCAAAGCUGGGCUCCGGCCGGGUGUCCAACUUACCUCCUGCACGCCGGAUGCAGCCAAGUCCCCACACCCUGAAGACGCCCCUGUCCGGUCUCGCCUAAGUCCCAAGUGCACCAUUCGCCACGGCCACCAGGUUCUUGCCAGCCUGCAUUCCACUGCCAACAGCAGUGCAGCAGGGAAGGUCUCCUGGAAGCCCUAGGACUUGAACUAAACCCUGAGUCAUUGAGUUUAGACAGCUUCACCAUGUGUGGGGGAUUGAUGGAGAGGUAUGUGGCUGCCAUGGUGCUGAGUGCAGCGGGAGAUGCCUUGGGGUACUUCAACGGGAAGUGGGAGUUCCUCAGGAAUGGAGAGAAGAUUCACCAGGAACUGGCCCAGCUUGGUGGCUUGGAUGCCAUAGAUGUGGAGAGGUGGAGAGUCAGCGAUGACACGGUGAUGCACCUGGCCACUGCGGAAGCGCUCGUGGAAGCGGAGAAUGUCUUGAAUUUGACUCGACUGUAUUCCCUCCUUGCUAAGCACUACCAAGACUGCAUGGAAGACAUGGAUGGCCGGGCACCAGGUGGCACCUCAAUGCAUAACGCCAUGCUGCUAAAGCCAGACGAAGCCAAUGGCUGGAGUAUUCCCUUUAACAGCCAUGAGGGUGGCUGCGGGGCUGCUAUGCGGGCCAUGUGCAUCGGUCUCAGGUUCCCUCAUCCCAGUCAGCUGGACACACUGAUCCAGGUUAGCAUCGAGAGUGGCCGAAUGACCCACCACCACCCCACAGGCUACCUGGGAGCCCUUGUGUCUGCCCUUUUUACAGCCUAUGCUGUAACCGGCAAGCCUCCUUUGCAGUGGGGAAAAGGACUGAUGGAGGUGCUACCAGAAGCUAAAAAGUACAUUGAGCAAUCAGGCUACUUUGUGGAGAAGAACCUCCAACACUGGUCCUACUUCCAAGACCGAUGGGAAGAGUACCUAAAACUUAGGGGGAUUUUGGAUGGCAAAAUAGCCCCUACCUUCCCCAAGCCCUAUGAUGUGAAGGAGAGGGAUCAGUUCUACACCUACAUGAGCUAUAGUGGCUGGGGAGGCAGCAGUGGACACGACGCCCCCAUGAUUGCCUACGAUGCCAUCUUGGCUGCAGGAGACUCCUGGAAGGAGCUUGCCCACCGAGCCUUUUUCCAUGGUGGAGACAGUGAUUCUACAGCUGCCAUUGCUGGCUGCUGGUGGGGAGUUAUGUAUGGUUUUAAAGGCGUGAAUCCCUCCAACUAUGAGAAACUAGAAUACAGAAGCCGGCUGGAAGAGACAGCUAGGGCUUUAUAUUCUCUUGGGUCAAAGGAAGAUAUGGUAAUUGCCCUUUAGGAAGAGGUGAUGUUCAUUUCUGGUGGUUUCCUCUCUUGUGUAGUCCCUUUUCUACUCAGUUUCUUUUCACUGCUUCCAAAGGCAAGAGUCUUAGCCUUGUACUCAGGGACUUUUGAGAUAAUAAAUCCCUUGGGCACCUGACGCUCAGUCUUUCCAGGCUUAUCCUGUUCUCCCUGAAUCUCUCCAUCUUCUUAUCCUGAGGAGUUCUUAUCUCAGUUGAUGGGGUCAGUGUCUCCCAAGCUAGAAAUCUCAUGGCCUCCUGUUUGAGUCUUCAUUUUCCUCUUUGAGUCUUCAUUUGUAUCAGCUAAUCUUUCAUUAAAUUUUUUCUGUUGUUUCAGAUUGGGUUCCCCCAAAAGUGGACUCGACAAGGAUUUGAGCACAAGUAGUUUACUUGGGAGGUGAUUCCAGGGAGCACUGGGAGGAGCAUGGGCAAGUGAGACAGGGAAGGCAGAGGAGCCUGUACAAGGCGUGUUAGUGAGCAGGUGACCACUGUCGGCAACUGGGGCUCAGUCCAUCUGGGUCCUCUUUGUAAGGCAUUCCUCAUGGUUGUCCCAUCUGAGGGACAAGCCAACUUGGGUAUUUAUAUCCACUGCCUUCCAUCUGACAUCGGUGGUCCUGAGUGCCAAGUCCCUGCACUUCUAAGCCUGUCUCUUGUGCAAGCCAAACACAAAUGUCUUCAAGCAAAGACUCAGAGAUGCUUGCGGUGGCAAGCUGUAGGGAGCACAGGAACAGUGAGCAGUAUAUGUAGGGUCCCAACAGCAUCUGCUACAUGGUGUCUACCUUCUAAGUAUCCUUUAAAUAUAUCACCCUUUAACCUUCUUGCACCAAGUAUUUUUCACCUGGAUUUCUGCAACCCAAGAUACUCAGGUGUGGGGUGAUGCGGCUCCUAGUGGCGCUCUGUACUUACUGGACAUGACAUUUAACAUGUUAUUCGUUUGUUGUUUCCUAUUUGCUUGUCUUUAUUCUCCUCUAGGCAGAACCUAGUGCACAGGAGAUACCUAAUCAGUAUAUAUUAAAUGAAUGUUGUUAAUUAGCCUCCUAGGCUGGUGCCUCUAACUCCAGCCUUGCCUUCUUUCUUGUUCACCAGAGUUAUCUUUACAAAUAAAAAAUUGAUCAUGCUGAACUUCUAAUCGUGUUCAAUAAAUACAUCACCCUUUUCUUGAUUUCUUGAUGCCCUUCCCUCUCCUUUUUCUCCUGGUAAGUUCAUACUCAUCCUUCAAGCCCCAACUCAGGUAGAACCACCUAGAUGAAACUUGCUGAGGCAUGUGGCCGCUUUCUCUUCACUGCAUUCACAGCUUUUUGUGCCUAGCCAUCACUACACGAUCCUGUUGUAUGGUGAUGGUAUGUCUUCUGGGGCGACCUCAGGCACCUAGUGGUGGAUUGUGCCUUAUUCUCUUUGUGGCCUCUUUGCCUGGCGCCUGAGAGACAUUCAACAGAUAUUUACUCUGGAAGUUCAAGUUGUGUUGAUGUGAACGUUUUCAACAUGCAGUUCCAUCCCUGUUUCCUAUGCCCUCUAUUUUAUGAUUGCCAGGAGAGGCCUGGCCAAGGUGUGUAGUGAAUGAUGAAGAGUUUGAUGGCCUAGCCAUGCCUAUGGGUUGACUGAAAUGAGACAAGGCUCAACUCUGUAUUUGAAGCAGGACUCCAGCAAAGUCAUGGGAUUUCUAAUUAUUUUUAUACGUAAAUGGAGAGGGAAAUUCUGAAGCUGUUUUUGUGGUACAAAAACUUCUCAUGUGUAUUUAUGUAUUCCAAGAAACAGGCAUGUUGUUUUAAAUACUACAACUAGGACAACAGAUGCUUCAGUGGGACAACUAAUCAGAAUUGCAGAUUUUAGGGGUAGUGGGUUACAAUUCACAGAACAUAGUAAUAAUCUCUUACAUUCAGAUGUCUUAAAAGACUGCUUUGCAUAAAUAUUUUGAGGAACAGUUUUAGAAUAAUAGAAAACAGUUUAUACAUUUUUACACAAGAUUUCUAAGCAGAAGAUUAAGAUGGAGACUCUUGGGCAGGACUGCUUUCAAUUUCCCACUUGAUAAGAACUGAUUUUAUAAUGCAGACUAGUGUGUGCUUUUCUGUAGCUGUAGAAUAAUAGAAAACAUUUUCUCCUUGUCUUUCUGAGGUUUCUUUUACCAGUAGUUAGGAAUGCCUGCAUUUUCAAGGUGGAGCACUAGAAUUCUACUAGUACUGACCAAACAGCAGACCUGAGAUGCUUAGAUCUUACAAUAUGGAACAGGGCAGAAAGUAUUUUGACAAGUGGAAUAUGAGGCAUGACCUGCUGUGUAACUGGUUUGGUGAAUGGUCUAAAUUUAGUGAGAAGCAAACCUGAAAUGAUUUUGUUUUUCUCCAACUACUGCCUUUAUACAUAUUCUUUUUAAGCUGUGCUUCCUGUCCCACAGCAUCAUCUUGGGAAGAUCACAUAAUUUUUUUGGUCUUUGGGGCGGGGAGAGGGGCGUGUUAGUAACCCAGUCCAUCCCAGUCCAGUGUUUUAAAUUUCAGCUUUAUUGAGGUAUAAUUGACAUAGACAAAAAUUUAGAGUCUACAUUGUGGUGAUUUAAUAAAUGUAUUUACUUUGUGAAAGGAUUUCCUUCAUCUAGUUAAUUAACAUACUCAUCACCUCACAUAUUUAUCUUAUUCGUGUGUCUAUGAGAACAUUUAAAUUCUACUCUCUUAGCAAAUUGCAGUUCUACGGUACAGUGUUAUUAGUUGUAGUCACAUUUUACAUCAGAUCCUUAGACCUUGUGGAUCUUAUAGCUGAAAGUUUGUAUACUUUUGCCAGCCUCUCCCUAUUUCCCCUAGCCCCUGGCGGCCUCUUUACUCUCUUUCUAUGAGUUUGACUUAAAAAAAAAAGUGACAAAUAUGCCCUGUCACUUUCACAUCGGUCACCCUCUAUCUCAGCUGGUAGGCCCUCCCUCAUUUGGCUUGUGAGGAGUGGGGAAGAGAAGGAGAAACCCCCACAGAACUAUGACUCGUGAUUUUUCCUUUAAAUCCCUGGCUUUCAGCUGGCAGAGGUGGGGAAAGGAGGUCUGGUCACAGAGCAGCUCUGCUACCUCCUAGUAAGUUCUACAUGGACUUGUAUUUCCAAGUCCAUGUAGAACAUGGUGCUGGAGGGCAGGAGGCUGGGGACUUUGCAUUUGUUGUUCUAUGGUGUAGGACUUUACCCACAAUUGGAGACAACAAAGAAAGACUCUUUAGAGAUUCUAUUAUAUUUGCUUGGCAGAUUCUUACUCUUCAUCACGGGUACACUUCAAAAAGAGUUUGGACUUUGAGGCUCCAUUUUUCAAACUUCGAAACUUCCUUCCCAAAUUCAGCCAGCGACUUUGCUUUCUAUUUCCCCUGAGAAAAUAGAAGCAGUCAGAAGAGAAUAAUUGCAGGUUCCCAUCAGUAUCUCUGCCCAUCCAUCUGCAUCUGGGCUCAUGGUCGCCGCUUCACUCCUGACUCUGAGUGCUAGUGCUAGUGUGUGUGUGUGUGUGGGGGGGGGGCGAGGGAGGGAGAAAGGCAGGGUGAGCACGAACAGGGAAAGAGAUAAUAAACUUAAUUAUAUGCACUAUGUUACAGAUAGCAAUAAAAAUGAUCUGACACCACUA